AUGGACGGAGAAGUAACCCAAAUGGGAAGGAAAAAAGAAAGCUUGGUGGCGCAAAAUUCAAGGAGGGGUUUAAAGGGAAGGUUGAGAGGUCGGUGUUGCGCAGAAGAGGAACAGAUAAACACAGAAACAUACGUUGAGGCAGUUGAGCCAAUGAGAGAUUGGAGGAGUACAUCAACUAGCGUCACAGGACCGGAUACUGAUGAGAUUGGAAAUAUGGAGAAUAUCGGGGGGUGUCUAUGCGAUUUAGUUCAUGGAAAGACGGCGCGUAGGCACCAAAGUCACAUGAAGGACAUGAAAAUAUCUUUUGCCUCUCACAUUCUUUAUUGUUCUUGUGAUGGUUUUGGCAAUGUCUUGAGUAAUAGUGUUGGUGGUGUCUCUUUCUACCGUGGUACCUCGUGUGAUGAUAAAGAUAAAGAGUAA